AUGUCUGAUACAUCAUUAACAGAAACGACAUUACUAGAAGAGGAAAAAAAUAUUGCUCGUACGUCUCCACCAAACGCUUUAAAAGAAAAUGUCAAAUCAUUAAUUGCAGGUGGUGUAGGUGGUGUGUGUGCCGUGUUAACCGGCCAUCCAUUCGAUCUGAUCAAGGUCCGUUGUCAAAAUGGACAAGCAAAAGGUACAAUGGACGCAGUUUCCAUCAUCGUGCGUGAAGCUAAAGCCGCUACCAGUGGCUCGUUGGCUUCCAAUUAUCUAAAGGGGUUCUAUAAAGGUGUGAUCCCGCCUUUGUUAGGUGUGACCCCGAUAUUCGCCGUUUCAUUUUGGGGUUACGAUUUAGGUAAAAAACUCGUUUCCACUAGUAACGAUAGCAGUUCCGGUAUACCGGGUAGUGCGUCUCUAUCGAUAACACAGAUGGCUACCGCAGGGUUCAUCAGUGCGAUUCCGACAACCUUGGUUACUGCACCAACAGAGCGUGUCAAAGUCGUCUUGCAAACUUCAAAGGGUGGCUCGUUUGUCUCGGCGGCUAAGUCCAUCGUGCGUGACGGUGGGAUAGCGUCGCUGUUCAAGGGCUCCUUGGCUACAUUGGCCAGGGACGGGCCCGGUAGUGCCCUGUAUUUUGCAUCUUAUGAAGUCACAAAGAAUUACUUGAAUAAAGAAACUGGCGUGACGGACGGUGAAGUGAAUAUUGGGAACGUCUGCUUGGCAGGUGGUAUUGCAGGGAUGUCCAUGUGGUUGGUGGUGUUCCCAAUAGACACAAUCAAGACUACAUUGCAAGCUGCUAGCGGUCCCGGAAAAGCACAGUCGAUGGUGGGUGUCACAAGAGAGAUAUAUUUGAAACGUGGGGGUAUUAAAGGGUUUUUCCCCGGCUUAGGGCCUGCUUUGUUAAGAUCGUUCCCAGCUAAUGCUGCCACUUUCUUAGGUGUUGAGAUGACACAUUCAUUAUUUAAGAAAUAUAACGUUUUGAAUUAA